AUGGAGGAUCACAGAGUGCAUAACCCGCACGGACCACUGGAAGAUGAAGUUAUCCGGCUGCUUCACACGCCACGGCCGCGCGUCAAAGGAUUUUUCGCCGACCUGCCGCCGGCACAGAGGCACAUGUACGUCAUCCCGCCGCCACCGCCGGAUGAAAACGAUGGGUCGGAGGACCGUGUCUGGGGCAGUGUGGAGUCCGAGACGACAACGGCUCACGGAGGCCAGCGGACCGAGCCGCAGGAAACCGGAGAGAGCCGGCAGAUACGGGGCCGCCGUCACAACAUCGAUAGUCAGACACCGGGAGCGGCAGGGGAGGUGCACCCACAGGGCCCUGCAUUGGAGACUGACGCCGAGGCCAGGGAAGAGCGCAUCAGACGUGUCGGGCCCAUCGGUACGGCUAGUGUUGAGCAUGGCUCACAGUCGCGACGUCGUCCCUCGCAACAGCCACCAGUGGAGUGCGCGUUCUGCCGACGUCUCGGCGAGACUCGAUCGUUCUCACGCACACACAUGUUGCGUGACCCUCUGACAAAUGCCGUGGUGUGCCCAAUCUUGCGCGAACAUCGGUGUGAGAUAUGCGGUGCCACGGGUGAUAAGAGCCACACCAGAUCGUACUGCCCCAUGAAACCAGAGGGCACGUAUAACAUGGCACUGCUCAAGAGCACUCCUCGCAAUAGCACGGGCAAGCGAAAGCAAUGA